GCCCGCCUGCCUCGCAUCAGCAACCACCACCCAGCCAUACAUACAUCCACACAUGCACAUCCGCCCCAGAGGCUGCCGGCGACACCACACACCCACCACCACCACCCCUGCCCCUGCCCGCCUGCACAUUCAAUGCACCUCAACGACUUCCCCUACGAGAUCCUCGCCCAGAUCCUCCACGAGGUUACCAAGGCCAAUGUCCGCGAGGGCCCGACCUACACGUUUGGCCUGCAGCAAGCCCCACUGCCGCUCGAGAGGGCCAAGCUCCAGCGCUAUGUGAGGGGCCCCGUUCCCCCCGAGCUGCUCAAGUGGGAUGCCACGGCGACGCUUCGCUCCGUCUGCUGGAAGUGGCACGAGUGGGCCCUGGAGCACUCGCUCAAGGACGUCUACAUCCGCCGCUGGAAGGGUGGAGAGCGAUGGGCCGAGCUCUCCAACAGGCGAGAGAGCUACCCGCUCUACGAGCUCAUUGACCGUCCAACCGGCACUGCCGUCUACCGUGACCCAUUCGCCUCGCUCAAGCGGACGGUCAAGAUUUGCAACGACUACCCCCAGGUGGCUUCCAAGGUCCGCCGCAUGUGGGUCCACGGCUUCUACACGGCCGAGACGGACCGUAUGAUUUUCGAGUCGCUGAAGAACUGCACCAACCUGACCUCGCUCUCGAUUCCAUGGACCACGAUCCGUCACGUUGACGCCAAGGCUUGGCGAACCAUGCUGACGGGAAGCGGCAAGUCACUCGAAUCCUUGGAGCUCCAGUGUGUCGAUCCUACAUCGCAGCAAGCAACCGACAAGGACAAUCUCGUCGAUCUGGAGCCCCUGCAGUCGGUCAACUUUAGCCAAUUGCGACGCCUGAAGAUUUUUGGCGACACGUCCUUCAUGCCCAUCACGGACAACGACCUGUUCGCCAUUGCUCGCACCGCCACCCAGCUCGAGGAAUUCCACCUGACGUGCAACUCGUCCAUCACCAUUGACGGAGUCAUGGCAAUUGUCAAGGCCUCGCGCAAGACGCUGCGUGUUCUCGAGCACAGCCCGCGGUCGCAGGAUGGCUUCUGGCACCCGCACCCGGGCUCCCCAAGCGACAGCGAGCAUCUCUGUGACACGUUCCGCAACUGUCCGAAACUGGAGACUCUUUCCAUCUCUCUCCCGUCCGUGUGCUCCCAUCUCUUUUCCAACGAGGACGCCAAGUUUGCGGGCGACCUGCAGGUCCGCGCGCUGCACUUGUGCGAGCACGAACACGGCCGCUCUACGCACGAGGCCACCGACGCCCUGCAGAAGCUGCUUGAGCAAGCGCGCCGCUUCAUCCGGCUGCGCGCCGAGAGCGCCAUUCCCCGCGAGCUCUACAUUGAGCUUUUCUUCGCAGACUGCAUCUUCGAGCCGGGCUUCGAGGCGGUGCACGGCGACUUUUCCCUGGCCCAGAUCUCGUCCGAGGGACACUGGCCGCAAAACGUUGAUUUCAGCGGAAAGGGCCCCUAUGGCAGCACCGGCCUGUACGGAAAGGAGGAAGAGGCGCAGUUCCAGCGCAUCGACGAGGCCGAGUUCCUGGCUGGUGUCCACCGCAGGCUCCAUUCCAUCCAGACGUGAUUGCGGACAACUUCCUUUCUUCUGUACAGCAUUAUUACGACUUGUAUUAUGAUUUAACGACUCACAUGCAUGAGCGACGGGCCUGGCGCCAAGAGAUACCAGGCUGAAGCGGCCAUUUUCGAUUCAUGCAUUUGGAGAACUUUACAAAAAAGACACGGUCUGUGUCUUCCUAAAAAGCGGUUACUGGGUAUUUGUUUAGCAUGGGAGCAGGGGGCAUUCUGUUUUUUUCUAUGAUUUUACAUUUGUUAGCAUCAGCAUUAGCGUUCAUAACCGGAUACCAUUGUAAU